AUGGUUGGAUCUAAUAUUAAAAAAAGUGACUUGGAUAUACUAAAAGCACAAUUAUAUAAAUAUGCCUAUAAUGAAGAACCAUAUAAUGGAUCUUAUGUACCAGAUAUUGAUAGCCCAUUUUUAGAAGAUCGCUAUAAUAAUUUAGAAACUAAAAAUUUGGAAUCAAUAGUAAAAAUAAGCUCUUAUCUGAUAUCUAAUACAAAACAAGAAUUACACUAUUAUGGAUUAGAUUUAACCAAAGAAGAAAUAAAAAGCAUUUUUCAAGAUUUUGCUGUAUUUUCUGAAGUUAAAGAAAAGAGUAUCUCUGAUAAUUUAAAUAAUUUAAAUGAAAUAAUAAAUUCUUUUAAACUCAAAGUUGAAUAUCAAAACUUAGAAAUAGAAAGUCUGAUAGUAUUAAAUAAUUUUGAGUUAGAUGAAGAAGAUAAAAAUUCGAAUGAGAAAUUAAAUGAAAAUGAAUUAGAUCGUGAAGAAUUGGAUCAUGAAGAAUUGGAUCAUGAAGAAUUUGAUCAUGAGGAAUUUGAUGAAAGCAAAUUUGAUGCAGAAUUUAAAUCAAUGCUUAGUGGUGUAUAA